CCCAAACUCUGAAAAUAUAAGCAAUAGAAGAAGUGUGUUACCUAAGUAAGUUUAGCAAGCUAUUAUGAACAAAUGUUUCCUCAGUCUUCACAUGCUAUACUAUAGGGAUUUGGAGGUCAUAAUUUGAAGACGUAAUUUAUUUUUCCCUUCUUGAAAAAAUGGAGUAUAGCUUGUCAUUACUGCUGAAGUAGCUACUCAGGGGAGAUAACUUAGUGAAUAUAACUCAACCUUUGGUAGCCUAAUUAUUUCUCAACUCAGGUGGUUACAGGUGAAAUUUCCGAAGGUAAAGUCACACAAAAAAGGGGAUUUUUCUAAUGAUGAGCCAAUUACAUUUUAAUAUAUAUUAAUCUAUUAUUAUCUGAUAUCAAUCUAAUACCUAAGAUGUACAUAUAUAUCGUUGGACUAAAUGUAUUGCCAAUUAUUUAUUUUGUACUAUACUUGACUAUACUUUAAUGGCUUUCUGAAACAAGUUCCCACUCUAAAUAUAUUAAAAACAUGGGGAUACUUUUUAGAAAGAUCAAGGGGUGGUAGUUAACAUGCCAAAAAAAAAAAAAGGUAGAAAAUUACUAGCCUCCAUUUUAACCGGAUAUUUUCCCCCUCCUAGACACUCUUGAAAUUAACCUCUUCUUGUUUUAAAUCGCUUAAAUAGGGAAUUUGACAACUUUAAAGUAAUUCAAACCACAGGGCAAUGGUGAACAAUUCCGCCCAAGCUGCAGCUGUGGAACUUUGCUAUGAGAAUGUGAAUGGAUCCUGCAUUAAAACCUCGUACUCACCGGGUCCUCGAGCAAUUCUGUACACAGUCCUUGGUUUUGGGGCUGUGCUGGCCAUGUUUGGAAACUUACUGGUUAUUAUUGCUAUCCUUCACUUCAAACAGCUGCACACACCUACAAACUUUCUGAUCGUGUCCCUGGCCUGUGCUGACUUCUUGGUGGGGGUGACUGUCAUGCCCUUCAGCACAGUGAGGUCUGUGGAGAGCUGCUGGUACUUCGGGGAGAGUUACUGUAAAUUUCAUACAUGUUUUGAUACUUCCUUCUGUUUUGCUUCUUUAUUUCAUUUAUGCUGUAUCUCCGUUGAUAGAUAUAUUGCUGUAACCGAUCCUCUGACUUAUCCAACCAAGUUUACUGUCUUGGUAUCAGGCAUAUGCAUUGUUCUCUCUUGGUUCUUUUCCAUCACCUAUAGCUUUUCCAUCUUCUACUCUGGGGCCAAUGAGGAAGGAAUCGAGGACUUGGUUGUUGCUCUCACCUGUGUAGGAGGGUGUCAGGCGCCACUGAAUCAAAACUGGGUUCUACUUUGUUUCCUUCUAUUCUUUAUACCCACUGUCGCCAUGGUGUUUAUAUAUGGUAAGAUCUUUUUGGUGGCCAAACAUCAGGCUAGGAAAAUAGAAAGUUCAGCCAGCCAUGCUCAGUCUUCCUCAGAGAGUUACAAAGAACGGGUAGCAAAGAGAGAGAGAAAAGCUGCUAAAACAUUGGGUAUUGCUAUGACAGCAUUUCUUGUCUCUUGGCUGCCAUACAUUAUUGAUGCCGUGAUUGAUGCUUACAUGAAUUUUAUAACUCCUCCUUAUGUUUAUGAGAUUUUAGUGUGGUGUGUUUAUUACAACUCAGCUAUGAAUCCCUUGAUAUAUGCUUUCUUUUACCCGUGGUUUCGGAAGGCAAUAAAACUUAUCAUAAGUGGUAAAGUCUUAAGGAGAGAUUCGUCAACAAUCAAUUUGUUGUCUGAAGAAGCAGAUAUAGAGUGACAAGAUGGCUGCAGGGAUUUGGAAACUAACGUGGAAUUAAGGUCAAGUGUGAAAUUAAGCACUUCAAUCAAGAGAGGCAAGUGUUAUCAUCUGCCAAGUGGGAGGAUGUUAUAUUCAACAUUUAGUUGUUCUAAAGCAUUUGUUGUCCUUAUGUACUUCAGCAUUUUUUUUUUUUUGAAUUUAGUUAUAGACCAAAAAAAAAAAAAAAAUCCUGAUUACUUCCUAUUUA